AUGGAGCUUCUUGUAAAUGUAAGAAAAUGGAUAGAAGAAAACAAAGCUACUUUUUUGCCACCUGUGUGCAAUAAGCUUAUGCAUUUCUAUCAAUUGAAUGUGAUGUUUGUUGGAGGGCCAAAUGAAAGGAAGGAUUAUCAUAUUGAAGAAGGAGAAGAGCUUUUUUACCAGGUUAAAGGAGAUAUGUGUUUAAAAAUAAUUGAAAAUGGGAAACAAAAAGACGUCAUCAUUCGAGAAGGGGAGAUGUUCCUCCUACCUGCUAGGAUACCUCAUUCUCCUCAGAGAUACGCAGACACUGUAGGUCUUGUGAUUGAGAGGGAAAGAUUAAAGACAGAAAUUGAUGGGCUCAGAUACUAUGUUGGAGAAUCAACUAAUGUCCUCUUUGAAAAAUGGUUUCACUGUGAAGAUCUCGGCACUCAACUUAAACCAAUAAUUCAAGAGUUUUUCAGUUCAAGACAAUAUCAAACUGGAAAACCAAAUCCAG